AGCGCCCACCGCGCCCACAGCGCAGCGCCGCCCGCCUUCCCCCUCGCGGCCGGGCGGCCCCGGCCCGCGGCGGCGCUGACAGCCCGCCCGGAGCGCCGGGGGCGGCCGCGGCCACCAUGUCGUCCCCCAGCCCGGGCAAGAGGCGGAUGGACACCGACGUGGUCAAGCUGAUCGAGAGCAAACACGAGGUCACGAUCCUGGGAGGACUCAAUGAAUUCGUCGUGAAGUUUUAUGGACCACAAGGAACACCUUAUGAAGGCGGAGUAUGGAAAGUUAGAGUCGACCUUCCUGAUAAAUAUCCUUUCAAAUCCCCAUCCAUAGGAUUCAUGAAUAAAAUCUUCCAUCCCAACAUUGACGAGGCGUCAGGAACUGUAUGUCUAGAUGUAAUCAAUCAAACCUGGACAGCUCUCUAUGAUCUCACCAACAUCUUCGAGUCGUUCCUGCCCCAGCUCCUGGCCUACCCCAACCCCAUCGACCCGCUCAACGGCGACGCCGCCGCCAUGUACCUGCACCGGCCCGAGGAGUACAAACAGAAAAUCAAAGAAUACAUCCAGAAAUAUGCAACAGAAGAAGCACUAAAGGAGCAGGAAGAAGGCACCGGGGACAGCUCCUCCGAGAGCUCCAUGUCCGACUUCUCGGAAGACGAGGCCCAGGACAUGGAAUUGUAGUGG